GCGGCGGCGGCGGCGGCGGCAGCGGCAGCGGCGGCGGCGGCGGCUUCGCCUGCGCCUGCGGGUGGUAGAAAAUGGCGGAUUUUGAGGACUUGCGGAAUAUGGUUUCUAGUUUUCGGGUUUCUGAGCUACAAGUAUUGUUAGGCUUUGCUGGACGUAAUAAAAGUGGACGCAAGCAUGACCUCCUGAUGAGGGCUUUGCAUUUAUUGAAGAGUGGCUGUAGCCCAGCAGUUCAGAUUAAAAUCAGAGAACUUUAUAGACGGCGUUACCCACGCACAAUUGAAGGUCUUUCUGAUUUGUCCACAAUAAAACCUUCAGUUUUCAAUUUGGACAGUAGCUCCUCACCUGUGGAACCUGACUUGACUGUUGCUGGAAUCCACUCAUUGCCUUCUACUUCGGUCACACCUCAAUCUCCUUCCUCUCCUGUUGGUUCAGUGCUCCUCCAAGAUACUAAGCCUUCAUUUGAGAUGCAGCAGCCAUCUCCCCCAAUUCCUCCAGUCCACCCUGAUGUUCAGCUGAAAAGCCUUCCUUUCUAUGAUGUUCUUGAUGUUCUUAUUAAACCUACAAGUUUAGUUCAGAGCAGUAUUCAGAGAUUUCAAGAGAAGUUUUUUAUUUUUGCAUUGACACCUCAACAAGUAAGAGAAAUAUGCAUUUCCAGGGAUUUUUUGCCAGGUGGUAGAAGAGAUUAUACUGUUCAAGUACAACUAAGAUUGUGCCUAGCAGAAACUAGCUGUCCUCAAGAGGAUAAUUAUCCUAAUAGUCUGUGCAUAAAAGUAAAUGGGAAGCUGUUUCCUUUGCCCGGAUAUGCACCACCUCCAAAAAAUGGAAUUGAACAGAAACGCCAAGGACGCCCUUUAAAUAUUACAUCUCUAGUUAGGUUAUCCUCUGCUGUGCCAAACCAGAUUUCUAUUUCCUGGGCAUCUGAAAUUGGAAAGAAUUACUCCAUGUCUGUAUAUCUUGUACGACAGCUGACAUCCGCCAUGCUGUUACAGAGAUUAAAAAUGAAAGGUAUUCGAAAUCCUGAUCAUUCCAGAGCAUUAAUUAAAGAAAAGCUCACUGCAGAUCCUGACAGUGAAAUUGCUACAACCAGUCUCCGUGUGUCACUGAUGUGUCCUCUAGGAAAAAUGAGGCUGACUAUUCCAUGUCGUGCUGUGACAUGCACACACCUGCAAUGUUUUGAUGCUGCUCUUUACCUACAAAUGAAUGAAAAGAAGCCAACCUGGAUUUGUCCUGUGUGUGACAAAAAAGCUGCAUAUGAAAGUCUGAUACUAGAUGGGCUCUUCAUGGAAAUUCUCAAUGAGUGUUCUGAUGUGGAUGAGAUUAAAUUCCAGGAAGAUGGUUCUUGGUGCCCUAUGAGACCGAAGAAAGAAGCACUUAAAGUUUCAAGCCCACAAUGUACAAAAAUAGAAAGUUCAAGUGUCCUCAGUAAACCCUGUUCAGUGACUGUGGCCAGUGAAACAAGCAAAAAGAAAGUAGAUGUUAUUGACUUAACAGUAGAGAGCUCUUCUGAUGAUGAAGAAGAGCCUCCGGCCAAAAGGAAAUGCAUAUUUAUGGCGGAGACACAAAACAGCCCAACCAAAGGGUGCAGUGUGUUCAAAGCAGUUUUGCUGCACAUGCUGCGAAGUUAUUCUUGAGGAAGAAGAUGUUGUGAACCCACUAAGAGAACCUCAUGUCAAGGGAAGUGGGAUUGGUGGGGGGGACUUUUUUUAUGCCAGUCUGUAAUACGUUGCAUCUUCUUUCCUUUAACUAAUUUGACAGCUGAAAAAAAAAAUUUUUUUUUUAAACAUCCAUUUUCUCACAAAGGUAAAUUAAGGAAAGCUUCUUGAUCAAGAGAACUUUAUGAUUCUUUUCACCAUUUUUGAUCAUAACGCCUCCAUACUUUAGUAGAAGGUCUGAUCAAGAACUGAUCAAGAUCAGUUGUUGUGCCACCAAAAUAUAUUAUCUAUUGUAUAACCCAUCUGGUAAUGAUCUUUUAUAAAUUUUGCCAGUUUGGUUCUUGGAUGAUAGUCAUGUAGUGUACUUCUGGACCUAUUUUCAAAGGCUUUUCUAACUUGCUUUUUAUACUGAGAUAUCUUUUGAAAAUUCAGAAAUAUCCUCUAUUCUACCAUGGGUCAUUAAAAUAAGAAGUACAGAGUAGAGAAGAAUAUAAAUAACAUUAAUUUCCUUUAUUGCAUGCCUGAUAAAAACCCAUUGAAUUCAUCCUCUGCAAAUUAAGUUUUCUAUGACAAUAUUCACCAAGAAACUUUCUUCAGUGAUUGAACUUGUUUCAUUUAUUAAAGCAAGUCCCAGAAUUCUUUACAGUACUUUAGAAAACAGACUUAAAAAACUUGGUCUGUGUUGGUGUCUUGGUGUUUAAUUUCUUGAGAUCAUUUUUGCAUUAUGCUUUUUAAUCAGCCAGAAUUUUUGAAUUGCCUUCUAUGCUAUUAAAAUACCUGGAAGUUUGAUUGUCAAAAUCUUUACAUCACAUAAGUAGGAUCACAUUUGGUUUGUCUAGCAAAAACUCCUCAAAAAAGGACUUUUAAAAAAUUCUGUGUGAAUAUUUUUUUUUUUUUUGAGAAAGACAAUUGAUAAUUCACGAAUUUUGAGCAAAACUGAAAAAGAAUAUAGUAAUCGGUUUUUGAUAGUUUUUGCCAUGAUUUUUCCUUUUUUAAAUUUUUGUUGUGUUGUGUUUUAUAUGAAAGCGGUAGAUUAAUGAUGCAAUUUGGGAAGAUGAAUGGAAAUAUAGGGAAGAAAGAAAUUAAGAAAUUAUUGUCUUUGAGCUGAAAAAUACAUUAAAAAGCUUUCUCCCCUCCCCCAGCACAUUGUCCCUUGCUUAGAAUAUAGAUUGUUGGAAUAUCUGAUAAUAGGUAGAAUUACCAAUUACUUAAGAAUGUCAUGUAAUGUCAUGCUCGGAGAAAGACAACUUGUUCUAUAUCUGGAAAAAAUCAUGUCUGACUUGCCUAUUAAACUAUCUAAUCAUGAGUAAGAAAGAACAAUUUAAUGCAAUAUAUUUAGAUCUUUAAAAAGUUUCUGACAAAUUUUCUUGCCAAAGGCAAGUUAAAAAAAAAAGCUUAUUAGUUGUGGAAUUAUGACAAUGGUCACUGUUGUGUCACUGUCUUAAAAUCAUAAUAAAAUAUAUAGGAUAGAUUACACUUUGAAGUGGAAAAAAGUAAGCGAGGAAUAAGUAUUGGUCAGGAAGCGGAAAUACAGCAUGAAAUCUUCCACAUUUGUUUAACCUAUUUUGGCAUUUCAUUAUCUUUUAGAGAAAAUGACAUAGCUUUUAAUACCAGCAAAGUAAUGCAGUUGAAAAAAAUAUAUAUGAAACUACAUAUAUCUAAUGAAGAACUGCAGGUAUUGAUCAUGAUUCAGGAAAGGGGCUUAGAUUUCUUUGUAGACUUCUCUCUUUUUGACAAUCAACCUGAUGUGCCUGUGUGACCAACAAGACCAGUAAAGUGCCAAAUGUUGUCAGAAUUCCUUGUCUCAGAGCUAUGGUAUUGUGCUAUUAUUUCCAGAAUAACAAUCAUAUUAGCCUAUAAUUAUUUAAGGUUUAUAAAACACUUUCUCCAUAAAAUCCCUCUGCAGUAGCUAGUUCUCUGGUCACUUCUUUCAGGGAAAGCAAUUAAGCUACAGGAAAACCAGACAAGGCAAGUAGUAAAAUGAACAGAGGUAGGGCUUGAAAUAUAUGAGCAAACUAUAAAGAGUAGGUCUCCUCAAUCUGGAGUAUAGCAGCAUUCAAUAAGUUUUUCAAGUGAAUGAAUAAACAAAGGCCAAAAAAUUAGACACAUUCUUUAGGUAGUAGGUGAACAUAGAUUUAGCAAAUCCCUUAAAUGAGAAAUCAUGAGUAUCCCCUUAACGUUUCAAAGAGGUAAAUUUGGGACAAAUAAGAUAGUACUUUUUAUAUAUUAGAUAGUAAAUUUGUAGUCUUUGUUUUCUUGAGAAGGUAGCUAGUUGGGUUGAAAAAAAAAAAAGUCUUAUAUAGGAUGAAUAAAUCAUUACUAUGCCUAUUAAAGAUAUCUUUGUUUUUAACCUUUACGGUUGAUAUAGAAUCUUACAGUUGUCCUCUGAUGUCCUCUGGUUUAAUACCUUCCCUUCCUAUUGUAGCUCUUUAGGUUUCAUUGACAAUUUUGUUGACCACAUCAGUUUACUCAGUGAGCUUAGUCUGAUUUAUGUUCAUAAAUGUCACAUUUCUCCCAUCUGAACUUUUGUAUGAGUUCAUUUUUUUUUUUUUUUUUUUUUUUUUUUUUGGGAACCUAGAAUCAGAGUUAGGUUAAGAAGGAACCUUAGAAUUCAUCUACUCCAGCUUCUUAAUUUUAUGGACAUGGAAUCACCUUUAAUAUUAAAUUUGACUCAUUGCCCUAUACGGCAGUUUUUUGUUUUUGUUUCCAGUUCCGUCAUCUAUCAUGUUAUUUCUUCAUCCCAGUUUUAUUUCACCUAUGGUUGGUAGGCUUUCAUUCAAGUCUUUAAUAAAAACAAUGAACCUGCUCAAAGCAAAGUUUUGACAUUCUUCUAGAGGCCUCUUUCAAUUUUUAAGCACCUUUUUAAGUAUCUGCAAAGUACUGUGUUAGGCUCUGGAGAACAGAAACAAACAAAAAAGGUCCUUGUCUUCAGGUAACUUAUUUCUCUCCACCUUUACUUAAAGAUAUGAAAGACUCUUAUAUGCCUUAUUGAAAUCUAAAUAAUGCACUGAGUACAUCAUUACACUGAUGUCUACAAUAUUUUCAAAUAUAGUAAUCCUCUCAAAAAUCCUGAGUUGAGUUUACUUGAUAAAUCCAUUCUGACCUAUGGUGACCUUUGCUAAAUAAUUAUAUGCUUUUCAUAAUAUGUCAAAGACAUUUACUAUGAAUCAAGCUUCUUGAUAAGCUUACUUUUUUGUCUCCAUCUUGAAAGUUAGGAUGGUAUACCUAUCUCUUAAUCUACUUGAAGAAAUCAAGAAAAUAAUUAAUCAAACCUCACAGAUUCCUUGGUGUUCUCUGAGGGACAAAGUACAAAGGUGGGCUCAGCCAUGAAUGUGACCCCCCUCUAUGACUGUUAUUUCAAUAAUUUAAUUUUGCUAUUUGGUGAGAAAAGAAUUUCUUGUUUCUUUCCUUAGUGAAAUAAAUAUUGUGGUAGAAUUCAAUAGAAACAGUAAGAAUACCUUUUUCAGGCUGUAAGUAGAAAAAAUUGGCAUGUGGCAUUUGUGUGAAUAAGUAUGCUAUUUCUUGAAGGAUGUGAGGCCUAUUUUCUAGCAGAGACUACAGCUAGGAAAAAUUCUAGUUUUAAAAUGGAGCUGUCUAAGAAAACCAUUUAUUUGAUGUGAGUAGAUGAAUAAAGGCCACUUUAUCAAAAGCAAAUCUGUGUUUAAAAAAAAAAAUUCUAUAACAGUACCCCUAGAGGACAUGUGUUCUAGUGACACAAAAGCUUCCAGAAAGUUUUGUGAGGUAGAGAUAUCAAGCUUAAAUAGAAUCGGAUUUGGGAAGUUGCUAUUGGCAUCGGGAGUAGUAAUUUUUCUCUAAAGACAGACUAAACAUCUUAUAUUGGUUAUUUUGCCUCUUUUAUUCUUGAUUUAGCCCUGAUAAUGUUUUUAUAGUUCUCAUUUGUGUUGGAAUUUUGCAGGGAAGCUAUAGGAUUGAAAAUAAUUAUUUUAAAGAUUAAACCUGCAUGGAAGAAUGGAUUUGCUCAAAGUUAGAGCUUUUCUUACUUAGCCACAUAAAAGCACCUGAGUUGAGGAAAGACAUUCCACAACUUGAAAGUUUUGAGGGAAUUAUAAAACAUUUAUGUCCUGGGCCAAAACAAGUCCCCACUUCCACCCUUGGUUUCAGCUUAAAUUUUGAAGUAGGACUAAUUAAGAAUAAUGGAAAUGAACAGAACUGAGUUGCUUAGAAAGAAUAAAAUGAACAUAUCUGAACAUUUCAGUUUUGAGGACAACAUAUUGAAGGAGGAGAGUGGAAAAAGCCAAGAAUUGAAAAUUAAAUGAAAGAUCUGUACAGCUUAGGUGGCAAUUUGUUUGAUUUUCUCUGAAACCCCCAAGACUAAAUUUAGAAUGAGUACACUAUGGAUUAGCCUUUGAAUGCUUUGAAUUCAGUGAAGAGUUAGUUCUCCUGAACUUCAUCCUUAGCUUUAGUUUUCGAGUCUUCUGCACUCUACCUUUUACCCCUUCCUCUUUGUUCACUUCUUCUUUCUCUCUGUCUCCCCCCACCCCUUUUUUUCCCCUUUCUUUAUUCUUCCCCUCUCCUCUAUUUCUACUUUCUCAAAGGGCCUUUAUGAAAAGUCCCAAUGGGUAUCUUUAUUUUUGAUAUUUUCCACCCUCAUACAAACUACUGAACUAUAGUUUUUAUUUUCCUAGUGCUAGAAAUUGUCACCAGCCUCAUGAAGUAAAAGUACUUUGGGGCAAAUACCAGGAUAACCAUUUCCACUAAAAAGAAUAUCUUAUCACCUAAUGAACAGAAAUAUAGCCUGAUCUUUUUCCCAUGAAAGUACAGCACCCUCUAGUGGUGGUCUUUUGGCAACCUUCUUGGCAUUGUCAGAAGUCAAGUGUAAAGAUUUAUAGAAAUGCAGGCAUCAAAAGGGAUUUUUAAAGGCCAUGUAAAGUUUCUCAUAUAGGGAAUAAGACUUUUAUCUACAACAUUGCUUCUGCUGAAGAUUUCCAGUAAUGGAAAACCUCAUGAGGCAGCUCAGUCUCUCAUCUCACAACAUAUAAGGCAUUGAUAAUUAGUGUUUAAUAGCAAACUGGCAAACAAUUUUUGAUUGUUUUUUUGAGAGAAACAAUACAAUUUAAAUGUGAAAAUUUACAUCAGGUUAAUCCAUCAUGGAACAUUGAAGUUAUAUACUUUCCUUGGUUUCAUAAGUGUGUUGUAUAACUUGAUAAGAGUUCUUAUAAAAAUUCUGAUGUAAAUAAAAGGUCUUGUCAUUCUGAUAUUAGUAGCUUUGCCACCUCAUUCUGGCCAUAGACUAUGCGUACUUUAGAAAAUAUGGAAGGUGUAUUAUUAGAGCUGGAGAAGACAUUAGGGAUCAUCUAGUUCCACCCUACUUACCACUUGACAGAUGGUAAGAUUGAGGCCAAAGAGUAUAAAGUGAUUUGUCCUCUGGGGCACAGAAAAGUUGAAGCAAACAUGCCCUAAGAAUUGGGCCUUUUUGAAUUGCAUUCCACUACUUUUCUGUCAGUGUCACAUUGCUACCUCAUUAUCAGUUGAAAAGGCUAAUAUCAAGCAAGUGUUGUAUUUUUAAAUGCAAGGCUUAAAUUCAAUUAACUUGUGCCCCAGAACUGAGACAAGUGUUUUCACACAUACCAAUUCAUUCUGCAUUUUGGUAGUGUAGCCAGAACCCCAGAUAAUAUUUAACUUUGAAACAUUUGUUGGAUAUGAUAUGUGUCCUCAGAACACAGCAAGUCUUCACUGUAAUCCAUAGGAGAGAUCAUCCAGGUAAGGGAAGAGACAUUAAGAUAGACAAACUAUUAUUAUACUAAUUAUUAAUACCCAGAGAUUUUUGUUUAAAAAGUUCUACUUAAUGGAGUAUCCCAGUUUGAUUAUUGGGAAAGGCCUUGUUUUAAAGGUCACAAUUCCUUAAGCUUUCUCUUGAAUUUCAACUUAUAUCCCAAAAUUGACAUCUAUAUGAUUCAAAGAAGAAAAAGAGCUUUAAAUUAUGUAUUUAAAAUAGCUCCAUAUUUAUAUUCUUAGCCCAUUCCUUUUUUCUGCUUUAUUCAAUAUGAUUUCAUCAUACUGCAUGCUUUUCAGCAAAUCAUCAAGUGGCUUCCAAAGUCCAUGAAAUUUUUUCAUUCCUAACUAAAUAAGGUUAUACUUUAGAAAGCAGCAUUUCCUCCCUUUCCCUAAAAAAUUGCUUGUUGCCACUAGUAUAUUGCUCUUACCAUCAGUAAAUUCUACUGUGUAUGAUCUCCAAAUGGUUUAAACCCAGUAGAAUUUAAGUUCUUUGGUUUUUCUUUCAUCUUUGUGUCCCCAGUGCCUACCACAAUGCCUUGUAUGUAAUAGGUAAUUUUAAUAGAAACUAGUUGAAUAAAGUAAUCUAAAUA